AUGUGUGAGGUGAGCGUGCCGUACCAGUGUGGACGGCUGUAAAAUAUCCGUGUCUGAGAUAGUGUCUUGCCAAUUCAGUUGUUGAAACUAUCCUCGGAGCUUCAUUACUCCCGCCCCAGUUUACCCAGACUCUCCGACAUCUCUGACGCAGCCAUCGAGCGUUUGCCGCAAGUGGAGACCAACGCGGACCUCGACCUCCCGCCAUCACUCCAGGAGACCAUCAAGGCCGUGCAGCAGAUCUCCAGCGGGAAAGCACCCGGAUCGAAGGCAAUCCCUGCUGAGGUCUACAAGCACGGAGGUCCCCAACUCAUGGAUCACCUGACUGCGCUCUUCCAGGAGAUGUGGCGUCCAGGUGAAGUCCAGCAAGAUUUCAAGGACGCAACAAUCGUGCACCUAUACAAGCGAAAAGGGAACCGCCAUGUCUGCGACAGUCACCGCGGCAUCUCCUUGCUGAAUAUCGCCGGGAAGAUCUUUGCUCUGGAACAGGGCCUUCUGCCGGAGAGCCAAUGCGGCUUCCGUCGUCAUCGUGGGACCACGGAUAUGAUCUUCGCCGCCCGUCAACUUCAGGAGAAGUGUCAGGAGAUGCGGACCCACCUGUACUCUACCUUCGUGGACCUGACGAAAGCCUUCGACACGGUGAAUCGUGAAGGACUGUGGAAGAUCAUGCAGAAAUUCGGCUGUCCGGAGCGAUUUACUCAGAUGGUGCGUCAGCUGCACGACGGUAUGAUGGCGCGAGUCACGGACAACGGAGUUGUCUCAGAGGCAUUCGCAGUGACCAACGGAGUGAAGCAGGGCUGCGUGCUGGCGCCAACCCUCUUCAGUCUUAUGUUCUCUGCCAUGCUGAUGGACGCCUACCGCGACGAACGCCCCGGGAUCCGCAUCGCCUACAGGACGGACGGUCACCUCCUAAAUCAACGGCGGAUGCACUUCCAGUCGCGCGAGUCCACAACCACCGUUCACGAACUUCUCUUCGCCGACGACUGCGCCCUGAACACCACCUCGGAAGAGCAGAUGCAACGGAGCAUGGGCCUAUUCUCCGCCGCCUGCGAGAACUUUGGGCUGGUCAUCAACACGCAGAAGACGGUAGUGAAGCAUCAACCGCCGCCCAACUCAGCCACAGCCCCCAACGCGUCGCCGCAAAUCAGCGUGAACGGAACCCAACUGCAGGUGGCGGAGAACUUCCCGUACCUGGGUAGUACUCUAUCCCGCAACACCAAGAUCGAUGACGAAGUCGCCAACAGAAUCUCGAAAGCCAGUCAAGCCUUCGGUCGCCUCCAAAGCACAGUUUGGUAUCGUCAUGGACUUCAACUGAGCACGAAGCUAAAGAUGUACAAGGCUGUCAUCCUGCCGACGCUACUGUAUGGAGCGGAGACUUGGACGGUGUACACAAAGCAGGCACGCCGUCUGAACCACUUCCACCUCAGUUGUCUUCGUCGCAUCCAGAGGCUGAACUGGCAGGAUCGAAUCCCCGACACUGAUGUGCUGGAACGGACGGGAAUCGUCAGCAUCUACACCACGCUAAGACAAAUGCAGCUGCACUGGAGCGGCCACAUGGUGCGCAUGGACGACGAGCGACUACCCAAACGACUCUUCUACGGAGACGUCGCGACGGGUUCUCGCCGUUAAGGAGGCCAAAUUCGUUGAUACAAGGACACUCUGAAGUCCUCCCAGAAGUGCCUGCAAAUCAACCGGACCAACUGGGAAGAGCUCGCACACGAUCGACCGACCUGGAGGAGGGCAGUGAAGACAGGCGCUGCGAUCUACGAAGCCAACCGCAUCGCCGCCGCCAAAGCGGAACGCGAAGCCCGCGAAUCACAACUUCGCCCAGUCCGCAACGCCGACGCACAACCGCUACCUACGUGUCCUCGGUGUCAACGGAGAUGCCGGGCUCGUAUUGGACUUGUCGGACAUCUUCGGAUCAACUGCGCCUCUCAGACUGCACCAACCAUCGUCCCCGUCCUCUCUGCCGCCAACUAACUACGACAAUUCUUCUGAACCACCGCUUCCAUGCUCCUCCUCCUCCUCCUCCUCCUCCUCCUCCUCCUACUCCUCCUCCCCCUCCUCCUUCACUGCCCCAACGGCGGCCGCUCAGGCGGCCGUCUUGCACAUCACCAACCGCGACACAAAAACAGACACCACCCCCACCUCUCCCGACUCCAGUGAUGAGGAUCAGGACUACACCUGCCCUCACUGCGACCGCACCUUCACCUCACACAUCGGCCUGGUCGGUCACUUGCGAAUCUAA